AUGAAAAUUGCUAUGGAGAUUGAAGCAGCGCAAGUACAGAACGCUGGAGGGAGAGCCUUUGAUGCCAUCAGAACUCUCUCUGUUCUUCAAGCCAUCGGCAACCCGGGGACAAUCGUAGUGAUACAUCAUACGGAUUGUGGAAUGACUCAUUUUCACAAUAACGACAUCAGAAAAGCUCUUGUUGAACAGAAUCCGACCUCUAAGGGGUUUGUGGAAUCAAUGGAGCUUGGAGAGAUUACUGAUGGGAUUGAGAAAAGUAUUAGAGACAUCGUGGCACUCAAAAAGUCCCCAUUGAUUAAACAACAUACUAAUAUCAUCGGUCUUGCCUAUGAUACCGAUACUGGUCUCCUAAGCGAGGUCCUUGAGAGGGAAAGUGGAAUUUAA